CUGCUACGCUACUUCUGUACUCACGAAACAAUUAUUCGCGAUUUAGUACUGACCGUACUGAAGCCUCGACACAGUCCGCACGUCACCACUUUACCGCAGUAAAACACCUUGGUGACCGCAUAAACUCGCUUCGGGUGCACGUUGAAGAUUCUCCGGCUAGCUUACCUUAGCUGGCUAGCCGCUAACGGAGACACGUCUGUUUUCGAUGUACCGACAAGCAAGACCAAGUUGAGUGCAAAGUCUGGCGAUUAUGGUGUGAAAAUGUGUGAAAAUAGCGUGAAAGAAGAGGAGUACGAGGAGAAACUUUGUCGAACAAAAGAGGAGAAGGAGCGACAGCUUCAACUCCUGGAAGCUGUUUUCAAGAAGCCUCGCGUUGUGUUGCACAGAGCAGUUGUGAGUCCUGAUCUCUAUCCUGAGCAGCAGGAGUGGAGUGCCAAGGCGGAACAGCAGGAGCCAGAGCCCCCCCGCAUCAAAGACGAAGAUGAGCCAGAUCCCACCUAUGUUAAAGAAGAAGUGACCCUGGAGCUCCCUCGCUUUAAAGAAGAAGUAAAGGAGGAGCCACAGGCCCCCUGUCUAGAAGAAGAAGAGCAAGUGGCUGAAAUCCCCACGUCUCCUUUGACUGGUGUCAACAAGUCCAAUUUCGCAAAACUGGACUACCAAUCGAAAUGGAAUCUAAUUCAUAAAGGUAGACCGACGCCAGAGCUUAAAGAUCUGCUUCAAACCACAGGUCCGAAAGUAACCCGCUCGUUUCAAGCCGAGUGGUACAACCGUAAGGACUGGCUGUGUGGCUGCCCUAUCAGAAACCGACUUUUCUGUUUCCCCUGCUUGCUGUUCUCCACCUGUGAAAAUGUGUGGACAAAAAUUGGAUAUUGUGACAUGAAAAACUUACCAAGAAGCCUCACCAAACACGAAAGAUCUACUUCCCACAUUCAAAGCCAAAUUGCUUUGAAAACGUUCGGGACAACGAGGAUAGAUUUGGCUCUGGAUGAGCAGCAGAGACUUAAUGCUAGCAUCCACAAUGCUAAAGUAAAAGAAAAUCGAGAGGUUUUAAAAUAUCUUAUCGCUGUAACCUGCUUCUUUGCUGAACAGGAUCUGACAUUUCACAGUAACGAUGAAAAUGCAAGCUGUUCUAAUCGCGGCAACUACGUGGAACUUUUACAUGCUUUUGCUGAGAAAGAUGCAAAAUUAGCAAGACUUUUGGAGACAUCUGCUUUGUUUUCUGCCUUGUCAAAGAGAAUAGAGAGUGAUUUAAUUGAAGCAGUAGCUGAUGUCAUCAGAAAUGAUAUUAAAAAGGAGAUUAACGCGGCUCCUUUUGUGGCCGUACAAGUAGACGAGACAACGGACGUCUCAAACAAAGCGCACGUUUCGGUCAUUGUGCGCUAUGUGACUCAAAGUGAUGUCGCCUGUAAAGUGAAGGAGGCGCUUUUGGGGUUGGAUGAUGCGAGUGAUGACAGACGAGUUCCUGCUAUAGCUGAAUAUGUCUUAGGGGUGUUAGAUAAAUACGACUGUGUCGAAAAGCUUGUCGCUCAGUCUUACGACGGGGCUGCUGCGAUGUCAUCAGAGCUGAACCCGGUGCAGGAGAAAAUCAAAGAAAAGGUACCCGAAGCUAUGUUGACCCACUGUUGGGCGCACAACCUCAAUCUGGUGUUGUUGCAUUCAGCAAAAUGGAUGCCUGUGUGUAGCGCGUUCUUUAAAACCCUGGCGGGACUUGGGACAUUUUUUAGUCAGUCCACGAAGCGCAGCAGUUUACUGCAGGACGUUGUGAAGCGGCGUUUACCGAGGGCGGCGCCCACGCGGUGGAGCUCCAAUUCCAGACUGUUACGAGCGAUUAGCAUGUAUCAAGCUGAUGUGCGUGCUGUAUUCCGCAUCAUGGGUGAAAAUCCUGACAGCUGGGAUAAUGACACUCUAAUGAUGGCUUCUGGAUAUGAUCAGUGGCUAUCAAAAGCCUCGACAUGCUUUUUAAUGAUGGUCUCCGAGGGUAUUUGUGAUGAAACUGAUGCACUUGUAAGUGCGCUUGAAAACAAAGUGAUGGACAUUGGACAUUGUUGUGCGCGAAUCCAGGACACAAUGGAAGUAUUUGAACACAUGAGCCUUGAGUUUCACACUUUCUACGAGCGGUUUGAACAGAAAUGUGCCACGCUGGGCCUGGCAGACAGUGAAAGUCCAACAGGUAAACGCUCAGUCAGAGAGGAGAGGAAACAAAUAUAUUAUAACAUUCUAGACAAUGUCACUUUUCAAAUGCGAAGUAGAUUUGGUCAUUUUGACCAGCUUGCAUUCUUCGGCUUAGUUGAUUGCUCCAAAUUUUCAAAAAUGUCCCGACAUUUUGAGGACGCCAAACUGCAGAGCCUGUUGAACUAUGCCAGGUUCUUUGAUUUUGUGAGACUAAAGGCCGAUCUCAUCGGACUGUACAGCUCACAUAUAGUGAGGAACGAAUGCAAAACUCCCGGGCAGCUUCUCAGCUUUUUGACAGAAAAGGAUUUGAUUCAGACCGUACCGGAGGCUACCAAAUUACUUCAGCUUGCGCUCACUGUGCCAGCUACAACAUUGUCAGUGGAAAGCUCAACCUCGGCAUUGAAAAGACUCAAACUAUUCUUCCAGAAUAGGACCGAUCGAGGAAAUCUUUCUGCACUUGCAAUAGUCUCGGUUGAGAAGAAGAGACUUUUGAAGCUCAAGGAACGAAAGGAGGACUUUUACAAUAAAGUAACGGAGAGUUUUGUUCAGAUGGAGAGGCGCGUGGACUUCAUCUACAUGUGAGCAGGAGCAAGAGCCCCCUGAUACUAAAGAGGAGGAGAAGAUCCAGAACAUUAAAGAGUAAGAACAGGAGGUUGAUAUCACCAAGUUUCCAUUGACUGGAGUUGUUAUGAAGAGUGAAGAUAAUGAAGACCAAGGUCAGUGGUCACUGCUUCAUCCCAGUAAAAGUGAGGAGAACAGAGGGGCGGAGCUUCCAAGCAGCAGUUCAAGUCAAUACAUGAAAACUGAAGGCGAUGCAGACCACUGUGGAGGAUCACAAGCAGAUAGCGUCUUAUCGCCACAAUCUGAGUUUGAUGACAUAACGUCACACUCUUCUGACACUGACACUGCUGAUGAUGAACACCGUGAAGGUGGUAUGACAAAUUACACUGAAAUGCUCGCAUUGUGGGAAAACAUUUAAUUGAAAGUGGAAUAUGAAAGUUCACAUGAGAAGUCAUAGAGGAGAGAAGCCUUUCAGCUGUUCAGAUUGCGGUAAAAGGUUCUCUGUAAAACAUAGUUCAAUAAGUCACGCAAGAACACACACUGGAGAAAAACCUUUGACCUGCUCAAUUUGUGGUCAAAGAUUCGCUGAGAACCGAUAUUUGAACAGACACAUAAGAACACACACUGGAGGGAAAGCUUUUGCCAGGUCAGCCAGCAAUAAAAGUUCCAGGACAAGCUCAGAUUUGAUUAUACACACAAGAGCGCGCAACGGAGAGAAACCUUUUGCCUGCUCAGUAUGCAAUAAAACAUUCACUCAUAAGGGAAGUGUGAAUUCACACACACUGAAGAGAAACCUUUUUCCUGCUCAGUUUGUGGCAAAAGAUUUAAUCGGCCAUGGCAGUUAAAAUUACAUACAAGAACCCACACUGGUGAGAAACCCUAUUCCUGCUCAGUGUGUGGUAAAAGAUUUACCGUAAAGGGACAUUUAGUAACACACACAAGAAUACACACUGGUGAGAAACCUUUUGCCUGUCCAUUGUGUGAUAAACGCUAUUCUAGAAAGGGAUCUUUAAAAAUACACACAAUGACACACACACGGGCGGAAAAACUUGUGCCUGUUCAGUUUGUUAUACUAGAUUCCCUUAUAGGUCAUAUUUGAACCAACAUAAGACCAGACAGUGGACAGAAAUCUUUUAACUGCUCAGUUUGGGGUAGAAGAGUCACACAGAGUUACCUUUGGAACAAAACACAAGACUAAACACUGGAGAGAAACCUUUUGCCUGUUCAAUCUUUACCUACGUUUCAGUGUAUAUUUGGGAUUGUUUAAAUACAUAAAAACACACACACUUUAGACACCUUUUAAAAUGACAGACACUCUUUCAGUUACGAAGUGAUGUCACAAAAUUGGACUGAGAGGUCCAAGGAGAAACGAGUUCUCUCUGAACCUUUGGAAAGAAGGACUUCAUGACAACUGACACAUUGACACAAAAGACCUCAAUUUCACCACAGCUCAAGAAAGAAACAGAACAGAAGCCUUGAAUUUUAAAUUAGCUUCCUUGGCAAGCGGAAUGAGGUAAUUUUCUUUGUGUUUAUAUGUCAACAGUUGUAUGUUGUACAGUUGUAUUUUGUCCUGAUCUUUGACCUGAUAUCAUGUCCAUUUGUACCCACUGAAGUUCUGAAAAUAAAGUUGUCAUUAUAUAAAUCAACAGGAUUAGAAUGUAUGUAUCUAGCAAUUAUGGCGCUUCUGAAUGACCUAAUGGGUCAUUUCAGCGCACUGCGACAAUUGGUGUUGGCCUCUCCCAGAGCAGCU